CUCACACACACACUCACACUCCUCCCACACAAAGACCCUCCUCCCACAGCUUUAGGACAUUCUCAAACACAACCGUUUGGCUUUCAUUAUGUUCCUGACUCAACUCCUCACUGAGAUUUGAAUUCCCAGACAACCUUUUUUCAUUGGAAACAAUCAAAAAUGUUUUCCUGCAUCUUACUUUUUGCUAUUUACUUGAUGAGUUCCCUACACGACCUUCGGGUAUCUGGUUCAGAUUCACACUGUUCAGUAAAACCUGUGCUGACUCCAUCCAGACUGGUGUUGAGGUAUGGUGAUUCAGCCAAUGUCACGUGUGAAGUUUGUGGACACCAAGGCACGCCAAAGUUUGAGAAAUCCUUGGGGAAAGUGAUCGGCAACAACACCACAGCUGUAUGGAUAGUUGACAAAAUGACUGAGUGGGACAUUACCUCCAUCUGCUAUUAUGAAGAUAAAGAAGGAAAACUUCAGGCGACCAUCCUGCCUGUUGUUGUCUACCAGCUUCCAGAACACGUGUCCAUCAGCUUUGUGGAGUACAAUAACACAUUAGAGAGCGGCAAGCACACCCUGCUGUGUUCUGUAUCAGACACAGCUCCUGCUGCAGAUCUCGUUGUGACCUUCUACAGAGGAAGCAUCCCACUGGAUCAGCAGAACUCCACCAGAACCACAAAGGAACCAGAGAGUCAGAGCUUCACUCUGAGCUACAACAUCACUAAAGAAGACAAUGGAGCUCCGUUCUGGUGUCAAGCCAAACUGGAACUGGGACAUGAAGGACUGCAGCACCUUCCAGUGGUGAGAUCAGGAAACAUCAACCCCAUAGUCCACUACAAACCUGAGCUUUUGGUGCCAGCGAAUCCAGAUCCAAUCAAAAUCACAGAAGGAAAAUCUCUCCACCUGAACUGCUCAGCUGAUGGAAACCCCGCCCCCUUGUACACCUGGGAGAAACCGAUCGACGGAUCCAACUCUUUCGCCAGUGUUUUAACAGUUGAUCCCGUCGGUUUUGAACACGUGGGUCAGUAUGUCUGCACUGUCAGUAACAGCGUGGGCUCAGUGAAAGUGAAAUUCAACGUGGACGUCCAAGUUGACCCCACGCCGUUCAUCAUAGCUGCAGCAGUAUUUUUUGUUGUUCUGAUGAUCGUUGGAGGUAUGAUGCUAUACCACUUCUGCUACAAACCAAACCGAAUGGGAACGUACAGCCUGUGGAAUGUUUUAAAUUUGCACAAGCAGCACACUGCUGUUCCUGCCAAAGGCUAGUUCAUGUCGCUGUAGCUGGACUUUUGACUUGAGCCGAGUCAUAAAAGACCUUAAAGAUGCCUUCUGUUAGCUUGUUCUCUCCCAUCAUGACCGGUUCUCACUAACACUGACACUAAAGGACAUCAAAUACCCUAUAAUAUUUAGGUAAAUUUAUCCCUUUACAGGUGACCAGGACACUGUGAUCAAUUUUUGGCAAGGGAAAUGAUCAUUUGUUGCCAUUUUUGAAGUGUUUAUGAAUGUGGAAGAGACCCAGCAUCCUGUGAUGGCACUAAUAACAUCAAGAGAUAAUAAAUAAAGUAAUAUUUAAGUAAAUUUAACUCUUUACAGGUGACCAGGACACUGUAAUCAAUUUUUGGCAAGGGAAAUUAUCUCUUUUUUUUGCCAUUUUUGGGGUGUUUAUGAUGAUACAGUAGGCAGUAUGAGUACAGUAACAUCAACAGAUAAUACAUAAAACCCUUAUUUGGUCAAUUUUAACCUCCAUGAAAAUCUGAGCGAUUCAAUCACUUUUUGGCAAGUAUAAUGCCAUUUUAGUUGUCUACAAUUAAAUCAUCAAUAAAGAAUUUAAAGAUA